GAUUUCAAACGAUUUAGGAAGCUUUUGCCAAGCGACAGUCAGCCGGCGCUAAGAAAAGCGUUUGUUUUAAAGUAAUUAAUUCAACGCAUUUAAAAAUCCUAGUUAGUUUUCAUUUUGCUCGCUCGGUUAAAUUGUGUUUUCGAAACGGAACAACGAGUCUGAUAAACACCAAGGAACAUCGCAGUGGCUGCUGCUGGCCGAAAAAAACUUCUUAGAUCCCUCUUCGAAGGUGGCAGAGCAGCAGCUAUAUUCCUGUUUAGAUGUCUUCAGAUGAAGAGGCCAGUGUCCCAGUGUUGCCUCCAGACUCAACAUAUCGCAGCAACUCUCCUUCCACUGAGCUUCAGGAUGAGUAUGAGGACCUCCUCCAAAGUGCUGUGGCUUCUCCAAGAUUUGAUGCUGCCUCUGCUGCUCGCCUCAGGGGGAUCGGCGCAUCUUCUGAUGAACAGAGUUCCCGUAGAGAUUCACAAAUAGCAGACCCUGAUGUUGAAGGCUCUUCAUAUUUAAGAACCCAUCAUGAGAAGGCCAGACAUUCGACUAGUAGAGGUUUGGGAAGCACAGACAGGUUGCAGGAUGCAUCUGAGAGGGGGCAGCAAAGCAAACAAGUUGUCACUGAAACGGAGCUUUUCAUCUCGGAGGAUCAUAUUGGCAAGAUUGAGAACAUUCUGGACACAUGGAAUCAAAAAUUGAAGACCAAUAUUCUGAGAGAGUUGAGGAAGUGGAGGGUGGCCUUUAUAGAGCAACACAGGCGAGAGUUGCAGAAGGAAAGAGAGUUUUUUAUAUCCCAGACUGAGGCCUUUAAGUCGAAGAUCGACAACCUGAAGGACCUGCUGAAAGCCUCUGAGAAUUCUAACAGGAAAAAGGAUGAGAUGAUUAGUAAUCUAUCUGCGGUGAUGGACAGACAAAGACAAAAAAUUGACAAGAUGAGGACCUUCACGCACUGGAGAAUUCAAUACAUUGAGGCUAAAGAAGACGCCCAAUCUUGCCGGGUAGCACAGCAGCACUUCAAUUUGCGUUUGAAGAAGAAGGUGUGGUUAGCAUGGUACCACCUCAUUAAGAAAGAGUGGAAGGACAGGAUGGAAGAGGCAUGCCGUAAAAGAGCUGAGGAAGUGUGCACCCACCUUUCAGAAAAUUAUGAGACGCAGAUAAAGGCGGUGGCUGCAGAGUACAGUGAAUCUCUUGAGACUGCGCAAGCAGAGGUCAAGAGACUGCAGCUUGAACGAGACCGUCGAGAAGUGUGUAUGAGAAAAGCCUUGAUGAGGGGUGUGUGCGCUCUCAACAUGGAAACUCUCCACUUGUUCAAUACCCCAGAUGGAGAACCCCAAGACUCUGAUGGCCAUGAAAACAACUCAUCGCCUGAUGAUGAUCCCGAUGCUGCUGCGUUGGCUUCAACCCAGCCACGUCCACCUCCGUUUGAUGGACCAGGCUCUGCUUCACACCAUGAAAAUGGUGACAGGAUGGGUGGGCACCACAGAACCGGGCAUUCCGGGGGUGGGCGUGGUGGAGCUGGCCACCCUGUGGCCAAGCACCCUGGACCCGGGUACCAUGGAGCUGGGCAGAGUGCAGCUACACACAGUUCAUUCCAACAUGGGUCAGAGACAUCCUUCCAAAAACAAGGCUUUGGGGUGAUUGCCAUCCAACAAAAAACAAAACAUGUUGCCAAGAGUAGUGUGACACCACCUAUGACUUCCACCAGUUUAGAGUUCCAUCAUGCUGUGCCACAGCAAACUCAUGGUCAGGCUACCGCCUCCAAAUUUCUCCAGUCCUCCCAACAGGCUCCUCACACUACUGGAGGCUGGGCUCCAUCCAGAAUGCACCCCAGCACAUACCCCUCACAGGCUUGGGAUGAGCCUCGCAUUUCAACAUUUGAGCAACACCCUGUUGGUAGCCCAGGCUUUGACCACCCACAGUCUUGUACCCACCAUGAGGAGAGUAGGCUGGGCGUGUGGUACACGAGUGAAGUCUUCCCUUCCACCUCCGCUGGUCACAGUGCAUUCCCACAGGGGGGAAGCUCUAGUUUCCACAAACAGACCUCUGGGCGCGUAGUUACAGCUGGCCAACAGAAAGCGGAGAAAACUGUCAAGGCUCGCAUCACAGCACAACCAUUUAUUGGUAAGAGUAUACGCAACAACCAAAGUAUGGGUGCGGCCGCACCUAUGACCACCAUUGUCAUACAACGCCAUCAACCUAUUACAGAGCACACUAUUGGUCAGGUUUCUACAGCCAAAGGUCCUCGCCCCUCCCAACAGGCUCCACGCACGCCCACUGUUGUAAAGACCUCCGCCAAAACAAACGCCAACACUUCCAUCAAAGUAGUAGAUUAAUAAUAUAAGCAUAUACACACAUCAGACAAACUAGCUUAGUCUAAAAUGAAGGAUUUUACUUACUAUGCAACAAUACUACUACAGAUGUAACUCAGCUGGUGAAAGGUGAGUUUUCCUUUUUGUUAGAGGAAUGGAGCAAGAGAAAUCAAGCAAUUAUUCUUGGGAACUUAAUUGAUAUUUGUGGUGCGAUCCACACAUGUAAAACUUUUAACUUAUCUAAUGAGAUUUGUUUCUUAAUUUAUGAUGAAUUUGAUAUAAUGAAAAACGUGCAUUGCAUAUUUUGAAUGUGUCAUUGAGCAGCAAACCAAAGUUUGUACAUGAUCUGGUGCUUUCUGUUUACAAAUUAAAUUAUUUUAGAGUUGUGUCUUGAAAGUAAUAUUAACACAAAAGCAAUCUUGAUCUCGCAUGUCACAAUCAUGAGACGCUGCAGCUCCUACUGCUGAAAUUGUCUGAGCCCAUCCUAAUCUUAUCUGUAAGACAAGAGGGGAGGGAAAACAUAAGAUUCAAACUGGUCCAUGCUUGUUUUUACAUUCCUUUAUAAGCCCAUUAAAAAUAUAUCCGAUAAAAUACCUGCAACUGUGCCAUAUCCUGUGUGGAAAAGGGCUUUAUAAAGUUCUAUCAUAGGACUUUCCACGGCAAAUUCCGCUCCAUGGAACCAGAUCAGCAGCAUCCUGUUGCCAUGUUCUCUGUAGCUGUGCUGACCUGUGAAGAGAAAAACAAAUAUAAGGGUAUUCAUAGAAAAUAUAACACCCCUCGCAUUUCUGUAGAUAUUUAAGUAUAUUUCAUGGGACAACACUGACAAAAUGAUACUUUGACACAAUGAAAAGUAGUCUGUGUGCAGCUUAUAUAAUAGUUAAUUUAUUUUCCCCUCAAAAUAACUUAAAAUAUAGCCAUUAAUAUCUAAACCCCUGGCAAAAAAAGUGAGUUCACCCCUUAGAAACUACAUCUCUAAAUUUCCAAAUUGAGUACUGCUUGUCAUUUUCCCUCCAAAAUGUCAUGUGACUCAUUAAUGUUACUAGGUACAGGUGUGCAUAGGGAGUAAUUCAAAAGUGAUACAGGUAAGCUAGCGAGCUAAUAUCUAAGUGAAAUCCCGUUCAAAUUUAAAAUUGGCUACAAAUAAUUUUUCCUUUUGCUGGUGAUUUUCAUGUUGGUAAAUGAUAAAAAAAAACACACACACAAAAAAAAAAACUUGAUUUCACACUGUUCCUUUUGUUGUUUUCAUGUCUACAUUCUCAUUUUAUUGUCGCAUCCUUGCAUCACAUACUAAAGGUAGUACCCGGGUUACGAAUGAGUUCAGUUCCCACGCUGGCAACGUCACCCAAAUUUCUGCGUAAGUCAGAAUGAACUCUUUAUGUACCCCGAAGUAAAUACCUCUCAAAUCUCAAAAUAACUAUCCAAAAACAUGUAUUAUACGUCAUUGUACUCUCCUCGCAAAGAUGUUUUGAGCUAAGUCCUAGCUAGACAGCGAUCUAAGCUCGGGAAGGACAAUGUCAGACGUGGUUUGCACAUCAACAAUUGCAAAAUGAAACUAAAAUAAAAAUUCAGUCGGCGUCAUCUUCAAUAACAGCAAUUCAAAUGUGCGUUUAUCACUAGCUGCUGAUACAGCAAUAACAAUCCACACAAACGGUUAGCAUAUAUCAGUUAGCGUCCGCACAUCAUCAAAAACAAUCACAUUAAACUCGCGCCAAGUUUUCGACCACAAUUGAAACUCAAAAUAAACAGUACAGAAGGUGUUGUCUUUGUGGAAACUUCACAAGCACUUCACAAGCAACAAAUGUGCGCGCGAGGCUUGCAUCUAUAAUCUGUAAUACCCUCUCUCUCACCCGGGCUGUGCGACUUCUUCGUAGCUUCGUGUACGCAAAUAUGUACGAGACUCCGGCGUCGUAAAGUCGAAAUCACGUAGGUCGGGUACGUCGUAACCCUCACUACCUGUAUUUUCAUGGCAUUUAAUGAGGAAAAUGUUUUUGUAUUAUCUGCGCCGUCUAUGCUAUCUGUAGCUCUAUUAUACUUCCUCAUACUAAGUGCGAGUCAACCUUCCACUAAGCAAACCAGUUUCUUCUCCAAUUAGAUAAGAGGGCUAGCAGUUGAAAGAGUGGAAUAAACCUUGUAAAUUGGGGGCAAACUAGUCCAAAACCUAGUCAUAGAUUUCACUAUCAGUUGACAAGACGGCUCCCACAAACAUUGCACCACACCUUCCCGUUGGGGGCCGACCCAGGCAGAGUGUUUGGCUUUCACUGUGUUAAACUCUUACACUGCGUUCGAAUGCCGGAUUUAGGUGGAAAAAGGACGAAAGUUUUACUGCAAACAAGCAGGCAGGAUUGUCACGAGUGAUUUGGUCGAGGAUUCAAGGUAAUUAUUAUAUAAAAUAGCCCAUGCAUGUACUUUGAAAUGUUGUGGAAAAACGCAUGGAAAAAUAAGCCCAACUUUAGCUCGAAAUAUUUCCAUAAAAUGAAUGAUAACUGGCUGUUUUUUUUUUUUUUUUGCUUUUACUCAAGAAUCUAGAUCAGAGGUGUCCAAACUUUUUGCAAAAGGGGCCAGAUUUGGUGUGGUAAAAAUGUGGAGGGCCGAUCUUGGCCUUUACAUAUGACAAUAUAUUUAAGCAAAUUUUAGCAAGCCAUUCUAUGUGUCACAUUUGCUUUAUUAUUAUUUUUUAAAUUAAUUUAGGGCUGUCAAAAUUAUCGCGUUAACGGGUGGUAAUUAAUUUUUUAAAUUAAUCACGUUAAAAUAUUUGAGGCAAUUAACACACAUGCCCCGCUCAAACAGAUUAAAAUGACAGCACAGUGUCAUGUCCACUUGUUACUUGUGUUUUUUGGUGUUUUGACAUCAACAAUGGCGAACUACUAGUUUAUUUUUUGAUCGAAAAUUUUACAAAUUUCAUUAAAACGAAAACAUUAAGAGGGGUUUUAAUAUCAAAUUUCUAUAACUUCUACUAACAUUUGUCUUUUAAGAACUACAAGUCUUUCUAUCCAUGGAUCACUUUAACAGAAUUUUAAUGUUAAUGCCAUCUUGUUGAUUUAUUGUUAUAAUAAACAAAUACAGUACUUAUGUACAGUAUGUUGAAUGUAUUUAUCCGUCUUGUAUCUUAUCUUUCCAUUCCAACAAUAAUUUACAGAAAAAUAUGGCAUAUUUUAUAGAUGGUUUGAAUUGCGAUUAAUUAAUUUUUAAGCUGUGAUUAACUUGAUUAAAAUUUUUAAUCGUUUGACAGCCCUAAAUUAAUUAUUUCAACAAUCUCGCAACUAGUCUUUGUGGCGUUCUCUUUCGACUCUCGGGCUCUUGCGAAAUGCUGCUGCUGUAAAAUUAAACUAGCUUCAAGUUGCUUCAAUUUCUCGCUACAUAUCUUCCCUGUAAUCUUGUCGUACAUGUCAGCGUGUCUUGUUUGUUAAUAUCGCCUCACAUUGAACUCUUUAAAAACGACUGUCUCUUUGCAAAUGACGCAGACACAGUUGUUGCAUAUUUUAGAGAAGAAAUACAGUAGUCCAAUUUCCACCUAUCCUUGAAGCGUCAGCCGUCACAGUCAACUUUCUUUUUUUUGUUGAUUGUUGCCAUUUUAGAAAUGUGGAAUAAAGGGUAACGCGGGAUAAUGUUGCUUAGAGUGCUGCUGCCUUUUAGUGGGUAAAUGAGGAGCAGCGUUUAGUGUGUAAGCUACUUCAUAUGCAGGCAGCAGUACUGCUGACCAAUUUAUUAAGUCUGUGUGCGGGCCAGACGUUAUUGAAUUUAUGACAGAGGCUGGGGGCCGGAUGAAAUUUGACCACGGGCCGCAUUUGGCCCCCGGGCCGGACUUUGGACAGGUCUGAUCUAGAUUGUUCAAUGUUCAUAUCUAUAGAAAUUCCGGGAUGUACGCAUGUAUUUGCAAGAAUUUUCAUCUUAAAAAGCUCUUUGUUUUGUGCUGGCCACCACAUUGGAUUUCACAAUAGCGUAAUUUUAGCUCGAAAUAUUUACGUAAAAUGAAUGAUAACUGCCCGUUUUUUUGCUUUUAACCAAGACUCUAGACUUUUCUAUGUUCACAUCUAUAGAAAUUCCAGGAUGUACGCAUUUAUUUACAAGAUUUUUUAACUUAACAAGCUCUUUGUUUUGUGACGGCUGCCAUGUUGUAUCCAAACACAGUAGCAUAACUUUACAUUCAAAUGAUCAGGUAAUUUUCAGCCAACUGCCCAUAUUUUUGGGAAAAAUAUAGGAAUUUAGACAUUUCUGCGUCCAUACAAAAAAAAAUGCUUUUUACUUGUUUUAUGUAGGGCUGUCAAAUGAUUAAAAUUUUUAAUCGAGCUAAUUACAGCUUAAAAAUUGUAAUUAAUCGCAAUUCAAACCAUCUAUAAAAUAUGCCAUAUUUUUCUGUAAAUUAUUGUUGGAAUGAAAAGAUGAGACACAAGACGGAUAUAUACAUUCAACAUAUGGUGCAUAAGUACUGUAUUUGUUUAUUAUAACAAUAAAUCAACAAGAUGGCAUUAACAUUAUUAACAUUCUCUUAAAGCGAUCCAUGGAUAGAAAAACUUGUAGUUCUUAAAAGAUAAAUGUAAGUUAUACAAAUUUUAUAUUAAAACACCUCUUAAUGUUUUCGUUUUGUAAAAUUUUCAAUCAAAAAAUUAACUAGCUCGCCCGCCAUUGUUGAUGUCAAUAAUUACACCAUGCUCACUCCCCAAACCCAUAAAAUCAUUUGGGCCCAAGCGCCAGCAGAGGGCGCCAAACAACAAAAAACAAGUAACAAGCAGACAUUACACUGCUGUCAUUUUAAUCUGUUUGAGCGGGGCAUGUGCGUUAAUUACGUCAAAUAUUUUAACGUGAUUAAUUUUGAAAAUUAAUUACCGCCCGUUAACGCGAUAAUUUUGACAGCCCUAGUUUUAUGUAAAAACAACGAGGGCCAGAUAGCCAGCAAGACGUGCCUCCAUGCUGAGGCAAUAGUAACAUCGGAAUUCAACCCAAAUAAGUUUUGAUUGUAUAUAGAAAAAUUCAAAUUUUGCUUUUAUUGAGUAAAUUUAAGAUGAUUCUGCAUGCUUUCCUCAAGUGUUAAGUUUCUGAUGUGAAAACUGAUUUAUUAGCUGUUGAAAACUUGCACUGAAUUUAAAAAAAAAAAAAAAGUUAUUUUUAGUUAUUAAGUUAUUUUAGGACUUCUAUGAUAUGUUAAAUGGGGUUGUUCCAAUCAUGUUUUUUUGCUCCCAGUCCCGAUCGUUUUAGUUUGAGUAUAUGCCGAUCACGAUAUUUCCCGAUCCGAUUGCUGUUUUUUGCUCCCAAUUCAAUUCCAAUCAUUCCCGAUAAUUUUUCCCGAUCAUAUACAUUUUGGCAAUGCAUUAAGAAAAAAACGAAUAAAACUCGGACGAAUAUAUACAUUCAACAUACAGUACAUAAGUACAUUUACAUUAUUAACAUUCUUUCUGUGAGAGGGAUCCACGGAUAGAAAGACUUGUGACUUUGUAUAUUGUGACUAAAUAUUGUCAUCUAGUGUAUUUGUUGAGCUUUCAGUAAAUGAUACUGCAGCCAUGCUCCAAUGCAUGAUGGGAAGUGGAACCAUGACUGUGCGUCGUUCUACCAAUGGAUAUAUCUUCUCUGCUUUGGGAAAUAACUUGUGUAAAGAUGGUGUAAAGACAAAGAUCAAUUGCCAUCUUGUUUCCCCACAUUGCUUCCCAUGAUAUUUCUAACCAUAGAGAGAGGGAUUGCAAGGCUUUAGCAAAUUAAAGAAAGGCUCUAAAGGCUGCCAAAAUUCUUUCUCCUCAUUUAGCGCUGCCUUUUAUCUCUCUAUAUAGGUAAAACGGCGUCAUUACAGAUUAAGCGCGACAAUGAGUGAGAGGGUCGUGCAGCGCAUACGUUAAUUGCAUUAAUUAUUUUAACGUGACACAUUUUUAAAUAAAUUAAUUGCCGCCGUUAUCGGGAUAUUUUUGAUAACCCUACCUUAGGCCUAAACUAAAGACUUUGGAUGAGUGUAACAUAUUAUGUCUGUAACAUUAAUUACAAUUAGAAAGCGACUUAAUUAAAAUAUAGAUAUAUAUAUAUAUAUAUAUAAAAAAAGGCAUGGCCGAUAUUUUUUUUGCCGAUUCCGAUACUUUGAAAAUGACGUGAUCGGGACAUUUCUAAUGUUAAAUAUUGCUAUUGAUCCUGAAAAUAUGGGUGAUUAUCUCUGCAUAUGGUGAUUUUUGUGCAUCUAGCGUAAAAUUUGAGAAUUUAUAGCCAUUUUUUUUUUGUGGUUAUACUUGAAUAAAAAAUAAUCGAAAUUUUAUUCGGCAGCAACUUUAAAUUUUUGAAUGUCGCGGCUUUGGUUUUGUGUGUUUGAUAUUCGUGGUUCCCCUAUUUCAUUGCUGAAUUAAAUUGGAAUUAAAUCGUGUAUACCUGUCCACUGUGUCUCGAUAGCUGACACUUGCUCCAGCGUGAAUCCCAAGUGUUCAGCCAGACGCUUCCAGUCUCUUGGCUUCAGGAGCUCAUAGGCUAAGCGCCAGAUAAUGGAGCGAAUAUGCUUGGUCUCAUUUCGGUGGUCCAGUUUGAAUGUUAGCGGGUUCUCGCUGUGAAUACUCUCAUUCCAAUCUGGGUGGGCCUGGAGAAGUUAUUAAAUCCUGUCAGUGGGUUGAUAAAUGCCAGCUUUGCAAGAUGUGGGCAUUUGCAAUAGGAAUGUCAUUAUUUGAGCAUAAUGAAAAUCAAUGUGGAAAUCUCCAUUAAAUGAAAUAUAAAUUGUCGUUUGGUAGUGCCAUUCACCUACAAUUUCAUGAUCAAACAUGAGCUCGAGUCAAAAUUGCACAGAAAUGGGAAAAUGUCUCACCGUUUUCCAUGCCCUGUAUCGUUCUGCCUUGAUUAUCAUAUCCACAAUGAUCACUUCAUCUGCUCUGGCCGCCACACCGAGCACAGUCUUUCCUUGCUAGUCCAAAACGUGCAGCAAAAUAUAUUAAUUGGACAGGUCAGAACUGGAGUAAAGAGGAUUUUCCGUAAAACACUUUCACAUAUUAGUGUAUCACAAAAGU